UGAGCUUCACUGGUGUCACCCGGCAUCCUUUCUUUAGGAGGCUAUAUCGGUUAUGAGAUUUUAGCGGCUUGGGAAAGUGCAGAUUAUCGCUCGCUAGUGUAUUUGUAUUAUAUUGCUGAAGAUGGAGUGAUAAGCGUUACAUUCUGUCAGAAAAGUAGUAGACUAUUUCAGCCGUACGAACACAGGAGACACAAUAGCUAACGUUAGCUAAGCCGUUGUUGAAGCCUCUCUGUCGUGUAGAGCAGCGUUAGCCGGUUGCUGAAAGGUCCUUUAAUACAGAGCAAUGAGUCUGUUCAAUCUCGAUAGAUUCCGUUUCCAGAAAGAAAAGGCCGGUGAAAGUGUCUCCUCGCCGGUCCAGUUUCCCAGACAAGAGCAGCGCAGAGUGUUGAGUAAGUCCAGUUCGGAUAAAGAGAAUUACCUGGCAGCACACCAGGUGAAACCAGAUGGCAGACGUGCACCAGGAAAAGUCCCUAGGCAUGCGCUGGAAGAUGUGUCUUCUGAUGAUGAAGUGGUUAAAAAAGUCAAGGAGCCUGCUAUACAACAAUCAGCAAAGAAGGCAAGAGAGUGUGAAGAGCACAUAGAUUUGAAUUUGGAGGAGAAAGUGGCCAAACUCCUAGAAAUGUUCCCCCAGAAGAGCCGAAGUGAAAUACUGGAGGUGAUUGAGAGCACAAGCACACUGGAGGGAGCUGUAGCGUGUUGUUUGUUGGUUUAUGGAGAGAAAGAUUCAUCCAAAGUGAAAGGGACAACAGAAGACAGUGAUAAUCAAUGUGAGAUGCAGCCAAAGAAGCGGAGAAAAACUGUGGAAUCUGACUCUGAUCCUGAGUCUGAGGAAGAGAGUCAGGAGCUGAGCAGAGAGCAACAGGAAGCUCUGGUGCGCAAACUGAAAAAGAAACUACCUGAGUUCGAAAAUGAGGUGCUGAGGGAUGUCCUGAGAGAACAUGACUGGGAUCUUGAGAAUGCCUUGGGAUCUCUACUGAUGUUUUCAUCUGAAUCAGAAGACUCCAGUCCUAAAAGAGCUCAAGACAGCAAAUCCAAAGUGUCAGAUAAUUUGAAGCCUGCAAGGAGCAGCCAAGAGAGCAACGGAGAGAGGAAGCAAAAGCCACAUUCUGGUCUCUCAAGAUGGCUGUCGGCUGUAUCAAGCAAAUCCACUCAAAAAACACAAAAUGCCUCUACUAGGUCAACAUCCACAGAAACAAAAACAGUCAGUCAUAAUUUUAAGAGAGAAAAAGCAGAUAAGGUAGAGCAAGAGCAAAGCAGCGAUUCAGAUGAUGAAGAAGAGCUUGAGAGCGAAGCUGGGAGUGUUUCUGAUGACUUUGAUUCGGACAGCGAAGACGAUAGCAUUGAUGAUCGUAUCAAGCACCAGAUAGUACAGUUUCUCCAGGAGGCUUCUUUAGAUGAACUGACUUUGAUAUCUGGUUGUUCAUUGAAGAAAGCCCAGAAGAUAAUCUUACUGAGGCCAUUUAACACAUGGGAAGAUGUGAAUGAGCAGUUCUGUAAGGAUAACAGCUUGUCUAUGGAGCUGGUGCACGGCUGUAAAAUGGUGCUGAAAGAAAGGCAGGUGCUGAAGCAGCUCAUGAGCAGGUGUGAAAGCAUUUCCAGGAAGAUGACCAAAGAUGUCACCCAGGUCAUCAAGAAUGGCAUGGGCUCUAUGAAGCAACCAGCCAUCCUCAACAGCAAAUUCAAAUUACAGCCGUACCAAUUGAUAGGCUUGAAAUGGCUUAUUCUUCUUCACCAGCACAAGCUCAGUGGAAUCCUGGCUGAUGAAAUGGGAUUGGGAAAGACAAUUCAGGCAAUUUCUUUCCUAGCUUAUCUCUAUCAAAAGGGGAUUAAGGGCCCUCAUCUUAUUACCGUACCUUCUUCCACAGUAGAUAACUGGGUAAGAGAGCUAAGGCUGUGGUGCCCAAGUCUGACGGUAAUUGUUUACUAUGGCUCUGUGGAGGACCGUAAAUACCUCCGGCAUGACAUUCUCAGCAAUCAAGUGGAAUUCAAUGUCAUAGUGUCUACGUAUAACCUCACCAUAGGGAAUGAAAAUGACCGCAGUCUCUUCCGCAAGUUGAAACUGAAAUAUGCUGUGUUUGAUGAGGGCCACAUGCUGAAGAACAUGAACUCUCUGCGCUACCGCCAUCUCAUGGCCAUUAAUGCUGAACACCGAUUGCUUCUGACUGGAACUCCUCUACAGAACAACUUGCUAGAACUAAUAUCUCUGCUCAACUUCAUCAUGCCUUCCAUGUUCUCCAGCAGCACCUCCCAAAUCUCCAAGAUGUUCUCCACGAAAUCAUCAGAAGAGGAGAGUACUUUCCAUAAGGAGAGAAUUGCUCAAGCCAAGCUCAUUAUGAAGCCCUUCAUACUGAGACGAGUCAAGAGUGAGGUGCUGAAGCAACUACCACCCAAAGUGGAGAAGAUAGAAAUGUGUCCCAUGAGUGAUGCUCAGCAGCAGCUCUAUGAUAAACUCUUCAGUAGGCUCAAGAAGACUGUCAGUGGGGAGAAACGUGAGCUCAGUAACGUUAUGAUGCAGCUGAGGAAAAUGGCCAACCACCCACUCCUGCAUCGGCAGUACUACACCACUGAGAAACUUGCUGCCAUGAGUCGAGCCAUGCUGAAGGAACCAACACAUUUUGAUGCAGAUCCCGCAUUGAUCCAGGAAGACAUGGAGGUCAUGUCAGAUUUUGAGCUGCAUAACCUGUGUAAAGAAUACACCUCCAUCAGUAGGUUCCAACUGGAAAAGAAGCUCCUCCUAGACUCUGGAAAGUUCGCUUUGCUCACCAAACUAUUGGCCAAGCUCAAAGAAAAGGGUGACAGGGUGGUGCUCUUCAGCCAGUUUACUAUGAUGCUGGAUAUUGUGGAGAUUCUGCUGAAACACCUUGGCCAUGAGUAUGUUCGAUUGGAUGGCUCAACACCUAUGGCAGAAAGAAUUGGCCUUAUAGACAAAUACAACACAGACCCUGAGAUAUUUGUCUUUCUUCUUUCGACUCGUGCUGGUGGCCAAGGAAUAAACCUUGCCUCUGCUAACACAGUGAUCCUUCAUGAUAUUGAUUGCAAUCCUUUCAAUGACAAGCAAGCAGAAGACCGUUGUCAUCGAAUGGGGCAGACCAGGACUGUACAGGUUAUCAAACUGGUUAGCAAAGACUCCAUAGAGGCCUGCAUGCUUCGUGUAGGACAGGAAAAGCUCAAACUUGAACAAGACAUGACUACUGAUGAAGGUGAUGAGGGCACCAUGUCUGAGGAUAUGGCAGAGCUGCUAAAGGUAUCGCUGGGUCUUUGACACAUUAAACCUAAGGAUUCCAGUGUGUUGACUGUCCUGUCUCAGUACAACGUUCUCAUUCUACUGAUCUGAAGAGUGGUUAGUACAAAUAUGAGCAAGACAGCUAAUAGGCAGACUGACCAACCCGGUAACUGCUUACUGUUGGGAAUGUUGAUAUUUUACUUUGAAUCAGUGUUGAACUACGCACAACGUCUAGACAAAAAAAAAAAAGCUGAAAUGGGGAGUAACCAGCAGCUGUGACGCUCUAGACUUCACAGAAAAACGUUUUACUCCAUGGACUGAUUUUGUGUGGG